CGCGUACAUUUCCGAUUUUUCGAGGCUCGUGCGCAGCAAAAAAACUAAUCACAAAUGCCGCAUAUACACUUGCAAACGUUGCUUCACCAGCUUUGAUGAUAUGCCUAUAAAGCAUAUUCUUCGGGGUCAACAAGCUAUGGAGCAACACAAGUUGAUAUGCGGCAAGAACAAGCCUAUUUUACUUGUUAUGCCGGUAGAGGGAAGUAAGGUUGAAUUUGACGCGUGAGUAAAGACGCAACGGUUACCGUUUGUCAUCUACGCCGAUUUUGAGGCCUUACUUGAGAAAACAGACGAUCGUAUGGGUGACUAUACUAGGACUGUGCUCAACCCUCGGUGAGUAAAGCGAUCUAUAUCUUAAGAUCGACGUGUUGUUGUUGGCUGAUGUGUUUGAGAACUUCCGCGACAUCUGUAUUUCAACAUACAAUUUGGACCCGGCGCACUAUUACAGCGCGCCUGGUUUUAGCUUCGAUUGUAUGUUGAAAUACACCAGGAUGACGCUGGAGCUCUUGAACGACUACGACAUGCUACUGAUGGUGGAACAGGGAAUUCGUGGUGGGCUAGUGCAAGCCGUCAAGCACUAUGCAAAGGCCAACAUUUCUAAGACACCCGAUUACGAUCCGUCAAAACCAGAAUCAUGGAUCGUGUACCAAGACUGCAAUAACCUUUACGGUUGGGCUAUGAGCCAGCCCAUGCCGUACGGUGGCUUCCGGUGGUAUAAAGGAGUAGACCUUCUGGCUGACCUCCAAUCGUUGUCGGACACUGGUAAUACGAGGCGUAUAUAUGAAGUGGACGUAUCGCAUCCACAAGAGCUGCAUGACGAGCACAACGACUUGCCGUUCUUGCCUGUCAACGAUGUAUCGCCGGGUUCCAAAGAAACCAAACUCAUGGCCACUUUGAAACCCAAACAGCGGUACGUCGUACACUAUGCCAACUUAAAACAGGCAAUCGCACACGGACUGCAAGUCGAUAAAGUGCACCGCGUUUUAGAGUUUCAACAAAGUGCUUGGUUGAAACCAUACAUUGAGUUGAACACUGAAAUGCGGAAAAAGGCGGCAAAUGCUUUUGAAAUUGCAUUUUUCAAACUAAUGAACAAUGCCGUCUUUGGGAAAACAAUGGAGAACAUGCGGAAACGCAUCCGCAUUAAGCUAAUCUCCAGUCCCGAACGUCUAAGCAAGCUCGUAAACCAACCAACCUUCAACGACUGUAUCAAAUACGGUGAAAGGUUGUGCGCCGUCAUAAUGGACACAAAGAUGGUCAAGUUUAUCAAACCAAUAUACGUCGGUUUAGCAGUGCUUGACAUUAGCAAGACGCUAAUGUACAAGUACUUCUACGACGUAUUGAAACCACAUUAUGGCAGUGCAAUCGAAUUGGUUUACAUGGAUACUGACUCCUUCAUAUACUUGCUCAGAGUAGGCGACUUCUACCAAGAUUUAGCUGAUAGCCCCGAUUUACUGGUGCACGUGGACGCAUCUAGCCUGCCCAAGGAUCACCCUUGCUACUCCACCGAUAGAAAGAAGAUGCCCGGCUUGUUUUCAGACGAGACCAGUGGCCUCACUCUCUUUGAGAUCGCUGCACUUUGAUUAAAGUGGUACGCAUUUGACAUGGAAGGCAGCGAACUCAUAAAGUCUAAGGGGAUCCGCGGGCACGUCGUCCGGAACCAUCUGUC